UUCAGUGUGUGACGGACUCCGCGUCGGCUACGUGAUAUUUCCGAAAUACCGGUUGAUUCGCUCAUCUUUCUAACAAUUUUUGGCGCGUAAUUCAAAUCAGAAGUGUUAAGUGACAAGUUAACCUUAUAAUGUGAUUGAUAUAUGCAUCAAUAAAUUAAAGGAAGAAUAUAAUAAAAAUAUAGUUUCGAAAUGUGUAUAAAAUAUCACAGUGCCAGUGAUGUGCAAUCUUAUUAAGUGAAUGUAAACGGAAAAGGAAAUGUAGCACCUGCAGAAAACAAGCAUAAAUGCCCCGUGAAAUAUGUGAGAUUCAAGGAAAUCAUAAUUAAUGAAAAUUAAAAAAGUCUAAAAAUAAAUAGCCACAAGUAAACAAAAAAUGGAAAUUUUAUGUGAAGUUUAUAUGAAUGAAUGUGUAAACGGACCAACGGAAAUUUAAUUAUUUUGCAAAUAUCCCGAAUAAGUGCUGUGUGUGUUGGGAUAUCCAUUUCCCUCCCCGGCCCCCACAUAAUAGCCCUGUAUUUGUUUUUCUAUGCCCCCCCCACAAAAUAAUACAAAUUCGACGAGUGAAUGUUUACUGGCGGGGCGAACAAAUAGCCAAAAUAAGUGUUGAACGUAAACAAAAACUUGAAAUGAUUGCGUCCGAAGUCAUCAGCUGAAAAGUCAACAUCCCAAAAACGAGACUCGAGCGAGGAGUGAAACGCAAAUGUAAACACAGUAAAUAAUGUGGAGGCCAGCUCAUCAGAAUGCAUCAUUCGAACAACAUUCGAAAUAGGAUAGUGUUGAUUUUGUGGCUUAUGCUUGCAUAUGAAGCCUUGGGCCAAAGUCUUGGGCAACACAACACCACAACCGCACCCGGCAAUCCGACAAUGAUAUCACUGGUCCAGAGUGGGGAUGUGGACCCAGAAACAGCCCUGAUGGAAUCCCAUCGGUAUGUCACGGGUUUGCCCGCACCAAAGGCCCAGGACCCCCUAACCCGAACGCGUCUAAAUCCGACACCUGAUGGGGAAAUCACAGAGCUGAGCACAAACGUAACGCUCUACAUGGAGAAAAUCCCACGCCUACAGGUGCGAUGGCAGGACAAUUUGCCGGAAGGCACUUCAUACAAUGUCCUUGUAAGUGCAGUAAACAACAGCCGUUGUCCCGAUGCGCCGUGCAGUGAGUACGGAAUCAAGCAGAAAAAGACGAAUUCCGAAUCGCACUUCGUAUACCUGCCAGUGAAUCCCAAUCUGAACGUGGAGUCUGUGGACUGCAACUACAUGUUCGGCUGCCAGUACCAGGUCAUUGUGGAGACCUCCAAUGCGAUGGUCAGGCGGUCUGCCCGCGUCUAUAUUCCUCAGUGUCUGGAGGGCAAGUGCUCCUGCCAAUUGGCGCCCACGCCGCCGAAGGUCCUGGCCUUGGGCAAAAUGCUAAAUAACGAGACCAUCAGCAUCAAUGUCUCGAUCCUGGCCAGCGAGCUGUUGCGCAAGGAGCAGGACUCUCAUCUGCACGAGACAUUGAGGACCUACAAAAUGCAAUUGAAAAUAAACGAGGAGACAAACCCCUCGCUUCCCUGGGGCGGGGUACUGAAGCACCUGAUGACCCGCGUUUACAAACUCAGCGAACUGAACUUCAGGCCGACGCCCAAGGGGUUCGAGGGCAUCAUGAAGCUGGGACUGGGAACGCAGCUCAAGGAGAAGGCCUCGCUCAGUGUGCAGGCCGUCAUCGUCGAUCCUUCCGGAUGCGAGGGGCCCCGCAGCGUUACCAAGGUGCCGGUGCCCGCCAAUUCCGUUCUGCUAACUGAAGGAGACAGUGUGAGCAACUACAUCAUUGUGAUGAGCGGCAUGCUGAUUGCCAUCAUCCUGGCUGGUCUGAUUAUGCUGCUCCUGCGACGACGACGGGCCAGGAAAACUGCCAAGCUGCGAAAGCAGGAGCAGAUCUACAUCCAGACCUUUGCCACCUCCGCCAUUGAGAUGGAGGACAAUGUCAACUAUGUGGACAAGUACGUGGAGAAAUCACAAGUCCUGGGACUGGCAGACAUCUUUGAGGUUCCCCACUCGGCCAUCCAAAUUGGUCGGAUAUUGGGCGAGGGAGCCUUUGGUGAAGUGCACGAGGCCACUGCGAUUAACUUGCGCCGGAUGAGGGGCACCACCAUUGUGGCCGUGAAGCAGCUGAAACCCAAUCCCAAGGCGGAUGAGGUGGCCGAGUUCCUGGCCGAGAUCGAGAUGCUCAAGGGCGUGGGCACGCACCACAAUGUCGUCUGCUUCCUGGGAUGCUGCACCAUCAAGCCGCCCUACCUGAUGAUCAUGGAGUACGUGGGAAAAGGGAAUUUGCUGAGCUAUUUGCGAACGGUGCGCCAGGAGGCGGGCAAGCUGAAGAAUCGGAAUGCCAACUACACCACCUGCAGACCCAUUUCGAGCAGGACUAAUGGCACCUCUUCGCCCAAGUCGCAGAGCGUGAACUACAUCGAAUUGAAGGCAUCCAGCCAGACCAUUGAAUUGGUCCAGGUCCAGGACGAUUCCAGUGCCAGCAUGAACGGUCCUCGGCAGCCACCGCCCUCCUUUGCCGAAACCACUUACACAAUUGUCGAGGAUGAGGAUGCUUUCGAGUAUAUACUGGACAACAAGGAACUGCACAAUUUCGCCCUGCAAAUUGCCAACGGAAUGCGGUUUUUGGAAGAGCAGGAAAUAACGCAUCGUGACCUGGCUGCGCGAAAUGUAUUGAUUGACAGCAAUAAGACCCUGAAAAUAUCAGAUUUUGGUCUUUCCAGGCAUGGAAUAUAUACGAACACAAGGACGCGAAAGCUCCCUCUUCGCUGGCUGUCCAUCGAAGCCAUUCGCGACAAUGUCUACUCCAGCAAGAGCGAUAUAUGGGCCUAUGGCGUAGUGCUCUGGGAGAUCGGGACACUGGGGGCCUCGCCAUAUCCCACGAUCAGCAACAGCGAGCUGAUCCCAUUCCUGAUGGCGGGAAACCGGCUGCAGCGACCCGAAAUCUGCACCCCGCAGGUGUACACCAUCAUGCUGCAGUGCUGGCUGGAGGAUCCCGAGGAGCGACCCACCUUCGACGCCCUGUACAGGGUCCUCAGUCCAAAGACCACCUACGUGGACAUCAACAGCCUGAGUGAUGACUACGUAUUUCCGCCGAUUAGUGAGAAUCGGGAAUAAACUAUUGUAUAUAUCGUUAUAGGUGUA